GGAGCGUGUGUGUGGCACAAUCAGUCAAGAUCCCCCGGGAGCCCAAAGAAGGAGAAUUUGAUAAGAUCAUUCGACGCCUUCUGGAAACAUCCCAUGCUCGAGCUGUCAUCAUAUUUGCCAAUGAAGAUGAUAUCAAGAAUGUGUUGAUGGCAGCAAAGCGAGCCAAUCAGACUGGGCACUUCAUCUGGAUGGGUUCUGACAGCUGGGGUUCCAAAAUUGCCCCUGUGAGAGAUGUGGAAGAGGUUGCAGAAGGAUCUGUCACCAUCUUGCCCAAGAGGGCAUCUGUUAGAGGUUUUGAUCGCUAUUUCUCUAGUAGGACACUGGACAAUAAUCGCCGGAACAUUUGGUUUGCUGAAUUUUGGGAGGAUAACUUUCACUGCAAGCUAAGUCGCCAUGCUCUCAAGAAAGGAAGUGCUAUCAAAAAGUGUACAA